AUGUCCGCACCCGUCGCUGAUAUACCAACCCAAGCAAGGUCAAAGCAGCUCCGAGCUUGCCUGCUAUGCUCUAUCGUAAUGAUGCCCGCUGCUUUCCGACGAGACGGCUGCCCAAACUGCGAAGAAAUUAUGCAAAUGAAGGGGUCGCAAGACCGGAUAGCAGCAUGCACGACACAAUACUUCGACGGCGUGAUUGCUGUAAUGGAUCCUGAGCAUAGUUGGGUAGCAAGAUGGCAAAGAACAUCAAAAUAUGUACGGGGCAUGUACGCAGUGCGAGUCAAGGGUCGAAUACCCGAAGAUGUUGAGACCGAGCUGGAGAAUCGCGGAUUGAAAUACCGACCUCGCGACCAGACUGAUCAAGAUUGA